CUAUCUUUUCUCUCAGCUCCCGUUUUGUGUGUGUUGGGGGGAUGGGGCCGUGUCGAGGAUGAGAGACUCAAAAUAUUUACCACUCGGCUAACUAAAUAUCUUUUUUUUUUAACUGGGCUUCCUCCUUCGGUCUUGUACAUAUAUAUACUUUUCGAUCCCGCAUGAGUUUGGGUGGAAUUUGUCCUAAAUAAAGUGGAGUAUCUGUACGUCCACGACACACGCUUAAAAAGUCGACAAAAUGUAUUCCUCUACUGGAGCCACCGAGAUGCAGGAGGCACCACCCCGUUCCUCCGGGUCAACAGGUUUUGACCCCCCUGAUUUAGACCCGCCAUCCUCCCCAGUGCCAGAAUAUGUGUUCAAGCCACCAUCUCGGCCAGACUUUGGCACCAUGGGCAGGACCAUCAAGCUCCAAGCCAACUUCUUCGAGAUGGAAAUCCCCAAACUGGAGGUUUACCAUUAUGACAUCGACAUUAAGCCUGAGAAAUGCCCCAGGAGGGUCAACCGGGAAAUUGUGGAGCACAUGGUCCAGCACUUUAAAACGCAGAUCUUUGGUGAUCGUAAGCCGGUGUACGACGGGAGGAAGAAUCUGUACACCGCCAUGCCUUUGCCCAUAGGCAGAGACAAAGUGGAGCUUGAGGUUACCAUUCCUGGUGAAGGCAAAGACCGCAGCUUCAAAGUUUCCAUCAAGUGGGUCUCCUGCGUGAGCCUGCAGGCGCUGCACGAGGCUCUGGCCGGGCGGCUACCCAGCGUCCCCUUCGAGACCGUCCAAGCCUUGGAUGUGGUCAUGAGACAUUUACCCUCUAUGAGGUACACCCCUGUGGGCCGCUCUUUCUUCACCCCCUCAGAGGGAUGUUCGAACCCCCUCGGUGGAGGCAGAGAGGUGUGGUUCGGCUUCCACCAGUCUGUCAGGCCGUCCCUUUGGAAAAUGAUGCUCAACAUCGACGUUUCUGCCACUGCAUUCUACAAAGCCCAGCCUGUAAUUGAGUUCAUGUGUGAGGUCCUGGAUUUCAAAAGCAUUGAAGAACAACAGAAGCCCUUAACAGACUCCCAACGAGUGAAAUUUACAAAGGAAAUCAAAGGCCUGAAGGUGGAGAUCACUCACUGUGGGCAGAUGAAGAGGAAGUACAGAGUGUGCAACGUGACCAGAAGACCAGCCAGCCACCAAACGUUCCCCCUGCAGCAGGAAAAUGGCCAAACUAUUGAAUGCACAGUAGCACAGUACUUCAAAGACAAGUACAAGCUCAUCCUGAGAUACCCCCACCUCCCGUGUCUUCAGGUGGGACAGGAGCAGAAGCACACCUACCUACCUCUAGAGGUGUGUAACAUAGUGGCAGGACAGCGCUGCAUCAAAAAGCUGACAGACAAUCAGACCUCCACUAUGAUUCGUGCCACAGCCCGAUCGGCCCCAGACCGCCAGGACGAGAUCAGUAAAUUGAUGAGGAGUGCCAACUUCAACAACGACCCUUACGUUCGUGAGUUUGGAGUGAUGGUGAGGGACGAGAUGACAGAAGUGAACGGCCGUGUCCUCCAAGCACCUUCCAUUCUGUACGGAGGCAGGUGUCAUUCCAAUGUUCAGAACAAAGCAAUAGCCACACCGAUCCAGGGAGUCUGGGACAUGAGGAACAAGCAGUUCCACACCGGCAUCGAGAUCAAAGUGUGGGCCAUCGCCUGCUUCGCCCCUCAGAGACAGUGCACUGAACUCCUGCUUAAAGCAUUCACAGAUCAGCUGAGGAAGAUCUCCAGGGACGCAGGGAUGCCCAUCCAGGGCCAGCCUUGCUUCUGUAAAUACGCCCAGGGAGCAGACAGCGUGGAGCCCAUGUUCAGACACCUCAAGUACACCUACCAGGGCCUCCAGCUGGUGGUGGUCAUCCUGCCGGGGAAGACUCCUGUCUACGCUGAGGUGAAGCGUGUCGGGGACACAGUUCUUGGCAUGGCCACGCAGUGUGUGCAGGUGAAGAAUGUUCAGAAGACGACGCCUCAGACACUCUCCAACCUCUGUCUGAAGAUCAACGUCAAGCUGGGCGGAGUCAACAACAUCCUCCUCCCGCAGGGCAGGCCGUUGGUCUUCCAGCAGCCUGUCAUCUUCCUUGGUGCAGAUGUGACUCAUCCUCCUGCAGGAGAUGGGAAAAAGCCUUCCAUCGCUGCUGUGGUUGGUAGUAUGGAUGCCCAUCCCAGCAGAUACUGUGCCACAGUGCGGGUGCAGCAGCACCGUCAGGACAUCAUCCAGGACCUGGCCACCAUGGUGAGGGAGCUGCUCAUCCAAUUCUACAAGUCCACCCGCUUCAAGCCCACCAGAAUCAUCUACUACCGCGACGGCAUCUCUGAAGGCCAGUUCAACCAGUCACAGGUCCUUCAGCAUGAGCUGCUGGCGAUCCGGGAGGCUUGCAUCAAACUGGAGAAGGACUACCAGCCGGGCAUCACCUUUGUGGUCGUGCAGAAGAGACAUCACACGAGACUCUUCUGUAUGGACAGAAACGAGAGGGUUGGGAAGAGUGGCAACAUUCCUGCAGGCACCACAGUGGACACCAAAAUCACUCACCCAUCAGAGUUUGACUUCUACCUUUGCAGUCACGCUGGCAUUCAGGGUACCAGCAGGCCGUCUCAUUACCACGUGCUCUGGGACGACAACCACUUCUCUGCAGAUGAACUGCAGGUCCUGACCUAUCAGCUUUGCCACACCUAUGUGCGCUGCACCCGCUCAGUCUCCAUCCCAGCACCAGCUUACUACGCCCACCUGGUGGCUUUCAGAGCUCGCUAUCACUUGGUGGACAAAGAGCACGACAGUGCGGAGGGCAGUCAUACAUCGGGCCAGAGUAACGGGCGGGACCAACAGGCCUUGGCUAAGGCCGUGCAGAUCCACCAGGACACCCUGCGCACCAUGUACUUUGCCUGAGAGCAGACAGCCCCAGGUUGGCGUGGGUGAGACCCCACUGAUGGAACACACUAGCCCUCGCUGUCUCACUGUCAGCUGUAGAUACAGUGGCUUCACAUAGUGAUCCCUACCAUACUGACCUGUCAGUGACCCACACGUCUACAAUUGUACUUCAGCCCCGGACCCACCCAAAUUAAGCCAGCGAUUAGACUGUAAGAUGCUAAAGCAUCCCUCUUUCUUGGGGUUUGUGUUGAAAGAGGUUUUAUUUUCAUGUUGUUCAUAAGUGUGUGUCUAUUAUUUGUGAAAAUAAGUAUGGAAGCAAAAGGACAAGUUUGUACACUGAUAGAAAAAAACUACACUUUUUAGACAUUAGGUUAUUUAUCAUUUGGAAGAAGCCGUUUACCCUCUUUCUCCUGCUUCUAUAGUUUGUUAGGGUUUUGGUGCUUGAAGGGAGAAGGAUCAAAUUCAUCAAAAGAUAAAUGGGAGGGGGGGGAGGGGCUGGUAAAUAUGAUAUGCCUAAAGAGUUGCCCCUUUUUAAGAACCAUUAUUUAUCAGCCAAUCAAAGCAAAGUGCACUGACCAGACUGGGUUCUUCAAUCAGGACAAAAGUACUUAAUAUAUUGGGGGUUAAGUGUGAUUUCUCACAAAGGGCACUAUGUGAUGAGAAGUGCCAUUCGAGACCACCUUUCUGUUGUCAUUUCUGUGGGAACCUUGAAAUAUGACGCCCACAUCUGCGGGGGUUUCAGUAUUUUUCUUUGAUGGACACAGAUGACCAGUUAAUGCCAAAUCUGGUGACAAUUAAUUUACUACAACCCUUGGACCAACACUUUUCAGUUUAUUCUAAGGGGUUCAGCGUUUAGAUACAGCAAUUAUAUCUGCCUCUCUUCUUAGGCUAAACUGACGUCAUAAGUAACACUAGUGUUCCCAUGCCGACUGUUUUGGGACCGGUUCCCAAAAAGGAUACCUUUCUGAUGUAGCCUGAGCCGUGUUUGUAAAAAACACAUGAUUUAGAAAUGAACGUAGAGAGGAACUUGAUAAAAUCCUUUUUUGUCUGUUUUUAAAGUCUAACUUAAUUUCAAUCAGUUUUGUAUAAUUAUGCAUGUAGCUGACUCGUGUUUUUAGGCAUUUGUGAUAAAUGUAUUUGUUUCUUUCCUUUUUUACACAUUAACCCUACUUGUAUGUUUUAUUGUAUAUAGCAGCAGGAUGGUGUUUUCUGCAGUUUCUUUGUCAGGGCGGGAUAUUUGUGUGGCGUCUCGAUAUCCAGGCAUUCGGUACAUUGGUGUGAAAGCUGCAACAUGUAAGAGUAAAACUGAUUGAAAUUCCCCUAAAAAAUAUCGUUUGCUCCAUGAACUAAGAGCGAGCAGUUGUCGCACAAAAGCUUGGGUUUUAUGCAAAUGACUUUUUGUGAGUCUUUAUAUGAUAUAGUAAUGUUGGUAAUAAGGUAUAUUUUGAAUAAGCUUUCAGUUGAGGAUGCUGAAAAUAUAGAGAUUUUUUUUUAAUUGCCCACAUGUAGUCUAAAUUAACACUGUCUAUUUGUAUAAAGAUAAUAAAUGUUCUCUUGCCUUCUAAGACUGUUACGGUCUUACUAAUAAUUCUAUACAUUUCCUAACAUCCCAUCUAAGUUUUACUACUAAGUUAAGCUCGCAGAGGUUCGCAUAGUGUUGAUUGGACGCGAGUAGUCUAUAUUUUCUAACUAUGCAUCAUUUUUAAUCAAGACAUUUAGCAGUGGGCCGUCUCACGUACAUGUGGGUCCUUUUAUAGGGUAGAUAAUCAGGGUUUUUUUGUUGUCGUUUUUUAGCAUGUUGCAUUUAGUAGCGUUUCUUAGUGCUUAUCAGCGUCUUCAUGCCUUUCUAACGGAAUGAAGCAUUUGUGGUCAUUUGUAGAUUUUAUAGCCUAAAAACUUGUUGUAUCCUUUGUAACACAAAAUCUUUCUUAGCCAAACAAGAUUACAAACUUUUACAUGAUUUGAUAUUCAAAACACAUGGAAGCACAAAAAGGACACCUUGGAUUCAGGUGCUAGAAGUUUUCACUGUAAGACACCUUAAAUCCUCACUGGACUGGUCAACAAGACUUUUUAUCAACAAAAAAAAAGAUACUUCAUCCUGUUGAGGAUCUUUUCUCUCCCUUUGACGACGUCUCCGUUUUACCCUUUUUACUCAUAACCUGUAAAACAACUCGAAAUCCGACUGACUGUGUUUGUGGGGCAUUCUGAAAAUCAUGUACUUACUGUUA